UGAGAAGCGAUUUAACAUUUUUGCUUCCCACCUCUACAAUUAAAUUUCUUGAGAGCAGUAUUCAACUUAAAGCGCUUCAUGCCUCCAAAUUCAUCGUUUCGCAGUUGCUUACCACAGAUCCGUCGCAAGGUUUUCCUAUUAGUUUUAUGCAUUUGUGUGCCUGUUCAGUUCAAAUGUGAAUUUCGUGCAGAAUUUUACCCAGAUCAUGCGGAUAAAUUCAGUCACGAUGAUGUUUUUUGUCGAUGGGGACUGCGUUCGGAGUGAAUGGAAUGCAAACAUGAAUAAAGGAGGUACGGGAUCAGGCUCGUUGUCCGUUUUGAAUUUGUCGUCGUCGUCGGGUACGCUACCGGUGAAAAAUCGUGUGCACGGCGAAACGUCAGCUUCGGGCCCCGUGAAUGAUCUUGCGCAGUUAUUCGAGUGUCCGGUGUGCUUCGAUUACGUUCUCCCACCUAUUCUGCAAUGUUCCAGUGGACACCUCGUAUGCUCCACGUGCCGCCCCAAAUUGACCUGCUGCCCUACGUGCAGAGGUGCAUUAGGUAAUAUCCGGAAUCUCGCCAUGGAGAAAGUUGCCAGUACUGUGAUGUUCCCUUGCAAAUAUGCAAGCUCGGGAUGCAAUGUCUCACUCCUUCACACGGAGAAAGUUGAACACGAAGAUUGUUGUGAAUUCCGGCCUUACACUUGCCCUUGCCCUGGAUCGUCAUGCAAGUGGCUGGGGUCUCUUGAGCAAGUCAUGCCUCACUUGCUUCAUGUGCAUAAGUCAAUCACUACCUUACAAGGUGAAGACAUAGUUUUUUUGGCGACUGACAUUAACUUGCCUGGCGCUGUGGAUUGGGUAAUGAUGCAGUCUUGCUUUGGGCAUCAUUUCAUGCUUGUUCUCGAGAAGCAAGAGAAGGUGGACGGACAUCAGCAAUUUUUCGCGAUUGUGCAAUUGAUAGGAACGAGAAAACAGGCUGACAACUUCGCUUACAAACUUGAACUGAAUGGACAGCGAAGAAGGCUUACUUGGGAAGCAACGCCGCGUUCGAUCCACGAAGGUGUUGCGAGUGCGAUUCAGAAUUCGGACUGCUUAGUGUUCGACACGACGAUCGCCCAGCUAUUUGCGGAUUGCAAAGGGAAUUUGGGUAUAAACGUGACUAUAUCCAUCGUUUGAUGAAGCCCGGUUUUUGGCGCGUCACGGCUUGCGAUUUUUUUAUACUGCGAAUUUGAUGUUCGUUCGCACGAACAACUUGUUCGAGUGGCAAGGCAACCAUGGUCGAACGCAUGAUUUUUCCCGUGUAUUCCGAAACUUGAGCGAUUUUUUUGCCACAUUCCCGAGAAAUGGGGAAUUCUGCGUUAUUCGUCCAAUGCUCUCCGAAAUGAAAGAUUACAUCUCAUAAGUAUUUGAUCAUGGAGAAAAAAAUUUACUAGUUGGAUUUCUGGAAGGCAACUGGAACGUGUGAAAAAAAUUAGUUGUCUCACUAACACCCGCGUUUGUUCUCUUUCAACUGAAUUGAGAAGAAUGAACGCUUGGUUAUGGUAGCUGACGAAAUUUUCUGCGUUUCAUGUUUUUGGUCUGUGAUUCUAGAAAAAGCUGAAGUGGGAAUGUUGAUCAAUUCGAGUGGGUUUUUUGUGAAUUGUGGAUGCUUGAUUGUCGUGGCGCCGUGAUACUUCGCUGUACGUGGUCGGUGUCCGUGUGUUGACUGAAGUGGCGAUUUGUUCUGGCAAUGUACCCAGAAGAACUCUUUAUUAUUCUAAGGUGGUGUUUGCGAUAGAAAUUCAUGUCUUCUAUGAUGUCAAGCAAGUUUAAGUUUGCUAGUUGAUAUUUCUCAUGAUGCCCGGCAUUGUACAUCUGAGGAUGAAUGGACUCCCUGUUGAUGAUUUUGUUUUCCAUGCAUUGAAAGAUCGUUCCUCUGCAGCCAGAAUUUUCACAUCUUGUUGUAGUCGAAACAGUUUGGAGACAGAUGCACUUUCCUGUUACAUUUGCGAGGUCCAAAAGGUUGAAGAAUAGCAGAGGAAGAGUGACUCUUGUCCAAAAUUCUUGUUAAAUUAUUCAGUAAAAUCCUGGUACAGUGCAACAAAAAUCAUUGCGACAAAGUUUUCUGUAUGACAGUUUUUCUCAUGUACCAGAAGAAAGCCCACUGAAUACAUGUUGGAACAAUCUCAUUAUAUCAAACUUCCUGAUUCCGGUCUAGCAAACUUUUUUCAGGAAUGUUGAAUAGAUCCUCCGGGUAGAAAUUUCCUGACUAACUCUGCUACAGACUGGAAUUUCUGGUUCAAAAUGUGACUGACUGGUUCUUGUGGCAUGGGUGGAAUCUGUAAUCAAUUUAAAACAUGCCUUCAAGUGGUUCUUGCACCAUCCUUUCAGAAUGAAGGGAUUGAUGCAACUGACAAAAUGCACAAUUGAAGCUGAAAUUUUUCAGAUCAGGUUCUCAAACAAUAAAAAUUUGAGAAUAUGAGAAAAAUAAGAAUUUCUCAUAAACAUGCCUGUUAUGAUUAUUUUUCCAGUCAUUAAUUGUUAAAAACUUGUUACAGGAUAACAAAUUCUUCAGUGUAAAAAACUCUUUCUUAAGCCCCCAAAAGUUUGUUGUAACAAGAUUUUACUGUACUAUGAAAUUGUAUUUAUUCAAUGUAGCCCAAUCUAACUUGUCACUGAGUCAGGCACAUUGUUGAUUUGUUGCAGCUCCUAUUACACCAGAAAUCCAUUCAACUAUCCCUAUAAGGUUAUCCCUGUAAAAAAUUGAGGUCAUCUCUACUUUUCUGGUCAGGAAUGUAAUUUGGAACCAUCAUGCUUUUUUCAAAUCCACAAUAUGCUUACUCAAAUCAAAGAAAGUGUUUAAAGAAUUAACAAAAAUUCUCUGGUGCUAACCUCCACCUUCUAAAAUUUUUACUUAUUUGGACAAAAGACAUUUUUGAAGCUGGAUACGUUUGAAAAUGUAUUUGAACUGGUUGCUAAUCCGUUGAAAAAUUUAAAAGAAGUACGCUUUUUCUCUGUGGGUAAAUUGGGUGGAGAACUUUCCUAUGAUUUAUUCUUCACGGUUUUGAACCUCCCUACGUGUUACAAUAAAUCGUCAUUGGUCAAAAGAUCUGUGUUCGAAAUGGCGAGAUUUUUCAAAUGAGGUUUUUGUUUCGUUGAAUGUGGAGUGACCUUACUGGAGUUCGAAUGACCCUGUUGUCGAGUUUUUGCCUUUCAAAAAUUGUUCAUGUUUCUUCUGGUGAAAGUGUGAAAAUUCGAGUAGUUUUGAUAGCUGCUUAAAUGAUGUAACUCUGUGUCGUGAGUGAAUGUAUCCUCUAGGAAGCCUGUGGUGACAGGAAGUGACUCUGCUCGCGUUUAGCUGAAAGGUCUUCCUUUAUUCAUGUUUUUUGAAGCGUCGACUAUUGUUUCAUGACACUUUUCCUAGAUUUGAUUGAGGAAUACAAAUCAACGAAA